AUUCUCAUGCAUAUGCUAGAGUAGAGCCUAAGCACACACCUCUCAGUAGCCAAGUCCACACACUCUCUCAUUCUCAUCUCUCUCUCCGUACCCCAAGAAAUUAAAGAGCAAAAAAAAUAUGGUUUCCCUUGAACCUAUUGAGGGCAACCUCAGAUCUAGUGAUGCACCUUCAAGUCCUAGAAUAUCUUUCUCAGCAGAGUUCUUAGAUGAGAACAACUUCAUCUCCAUCAGUCCAAACGCUGAGUAUGAGGGGCCAGAUCAAGAGAAGGAACGUGAGAGAGCAAGGAAUGCUGCUGAGUUUGAGUUUCUCUCAAACAACACGAGCAACAACAACACAGUGGUAACUGCUGACGAGCUUUUCUUUGAAGGGAAGCUCCUACCCUUUUGGCAGAUGCAGCAUCUAGAGAAGCUGAGCAAGAUCAACCUCAAAACCAAAGAAGGAGAGGAAGAAGAGGAAGAGGAAUUAGAAGAGGAGGUAGUAGUGGUGAGCAACAACAACAAAGAGGAUAAUAAUAAUAGUAAUAGUAGUAGUAGAGUAAAUUGGUUUGUGGACGAUGACCCUUCUCCAAGGCCACCAAAGUGCACUGUUCUAUGGAAAGAGUUGUUGAGGUUGAAGAAGCAACGUGCUUCUUCUUUGUCACCCUCUUCUUCUUCCUCAUCUUCUUCCUCUUCCGCAAGCUCACUUGGUGAUGUGGCUGCCAAAGAAGGGUCAAGGAGUAGUAGUAACAAAGAACAUCAGCAGCACGUGAAGAGGGUAAAGAAAGGGUUGGAGAGAACAAGGUCAGCUACUAUUAGAAUUAGACCAAUGAUUAACGUGCCAAUUUGCACACAGGUCAAAAGCAGUGCCUUGCCUCCUCUUUUCCCAAUUAAGAAAGGAAAAUUAGAGAGGAGUUAAAUUUUUGCUUGUAAGGGUAGUUUGAUUGAUUAAGGAGCAAUGUCCCAGAUGCUGAGUGAGUCCCUCAACAUGCGAGUCCCACAUGGGCACCUAUCAGCCACAUACAUCUGAUCAACGGACUCAAUUAUUAUUGAGUGCCAGUGGUAAUAAUAUACUUUUAAAAAUACUAGCUAGCUAGGGAGAGCUAUUUCAGUGUACGCACGCAUAACGGCUUGUAAACAUUUUCACAGUAUUUUGAUUGUUGAGCAAUAUUUGAUUUGAAUUCCUAGA